AUGCUUCUCAAGGCUGCUUCAACUUUCUCGCUCUUGAACAUUCAUGGAGAGAAGACUCCUUUGUUCUCUUCCUUUUCGUCUGAUUUCUCCUUGAACCUUCCUGUUUCCUCGGGAAAAUCUGGGAAUCUCUCGUUCGCUGUUCGUGCUUCCAAGGCUACGACUACAACCACCGUAAGCGGAGUCGUGUUCGAGCCGUUUGAAGAAGUGAAGAAGGAACUCGAUCUCGUUCCUUCGGGUCCGCAGAUUUCGCUUGCUCGACAUUUGUACUCUCCUGAGUGCGAAGCUGCCGUAAAUGAGCAGAUCAAUGUGGAAUACAACGUUUCUUAUGUGUAUCACGCUUUGUAUGCUUAUUUUGACCGUGACGAUGUUGCUCUCAAGGGCCUUGCUAAGUUUUUCAAGGAAUCGAGUGUUGAAGAACGAGAUCACGCCGAGAAGUUUAUGGAGUAUCAGAACAAACGUGGAGGGAGAGUCAAGUUACAGCCCAUGGUGAUGCCUCAGUCCGAGUUUGAUCACCUUGAGAAAGGAGAUGCUCUGUACGCUAUGGAGUUGGCUCUGUCUUUGGAGAAACUAGUCAAUGAAAAGCUCCUGAACGUGCACAGUGUAGCUUCGAAGAACGAUGAUGUCCAGUUGGCUGAUUUCGUUGAGAGCGAGUUUCUGAACGAACAGGUGGAAGCAAUUAAGAAAAUCUCAGAAUAUGUUUCUCAGCUUAGAAGAGUCGGCAAAGGACAUGGAACAUGGCAUUUCGAUCAGGAGCUUCUCGAAGCUGCUGCUGCUUAA